AUGCACGAGCCCAACGGCGUGGCGGCGGCGACUCUGCGCGAGUUGACAGCUGUCCUAGGCGUCUGCACUUCGUGGAAGGACCUGAAUGAUGUGACUGUUCUGAACAAGCUCGUAGCUCUCUCCGGAACGUUGCGUAGCUUGGAACGCUGCUCGUCGAUUGUUGGCGAUGACGAUGUCGCCACGUCGACAUCGGCGGCUACGCUAGCUGCAUUCCAAGCAUGGCUGGAAGAGGGUAUGCAAGUACCAGUUGGCCAAGGAAAAUUCAACGUGGAGCAAAUGGGCGACCAUGGCAAUGGCCUUCGUGCACGUGUUGACCUUCCACAGGGUGUGCCCAUCAUGUCGAUCCCAGCCACGCUCCUGCUCACAUCGUCGUCGUUGCCCCCGGCGCUCGCACACCUCCGUCAAGACCCACUUUGCCGGCAAUUCCCGACAGUUUCCUUGGCCCUUCACGUUCUCCACGAAGCAUUAGCUCCGUCUUCCUUCUUUGCACCAUACGUGGCCGUCCUUCCUCGACAGAUGCACCUCCCCUUGCAGUACACCGUGGCCGAUUUCGCGGCGCUGGCAUCUUCCACCGCCGCCUAUGCUUCCGCCAUCCAGCUCUUCUACAACGCCCUUCGCCAGUACCUCUACCUCCACCGUCAUUUCCACCAACAGCCGACCAUUUUUCGUCAUGAAUCGUUUUCGUUGACCAACUACUUUUGGGCGCUGUCGGUGGCCCUCACGCGCCAAAACAACGUGCCGACACCGGACGAUCCGUCUGCCCUGGCUCUCAUACCCGGCUGGGACAUGUGCAACCACGCCAUCGGUGACAUGACCACCUACUCCGACAGCGUGUCCAUCCACUGCGACGCCAUGACGUCGUUCGCUCCAGGCGACGAGAUCACCAUCUGCUACGGCCCUCGCCCCAACGCCGACCUCCUCGUCUACUCUGGCUUUUCGCUGGCGCACAACCCAUACAACGGCCCAGUAUCCCUGGUCCUGCCCUUACUCGACCAGAAACUCGACCCACUAGUCAAACUGCGAACGAUGCUGCUCCAGAAGCGGAAUGCGACCAUCUCCGCCAAUGGACUGCAUGUGCAGCUGGAUGCCCAGUCUGGUCGGUUGACAUCACGUUUGUAUCGGGAACAGGUGCAGUUGCUUGUGCUGGACAAGCCUUCCCUGGCCAUCGCCCUUCGCCGAGACGUUGACAAGAUCAACACCCCCUCCAUGGAGUCCAUCUCUAACGUCAAAGAAGGAGGACACAUGCAGCACUUGAUUCCGUGGCCUGAUCAAGAGACAAUGGACAAGGCCAACAGACGCCUCCAAGACGCGUGCGCUGCCGCCAUCCUGUCCAUCAAACACUCGAAUGAGACGAUACAUGAGUCCAUUCGUGCGUUUCUCGCCACCGAACGACGCGUGUACGAACUCGCAAAAAGUCACGUGGUCGAGUUUAAACCUUAACAUGACGUUAUCAUGCA